AUGCCUCCUCUUAACGACACAGAAAUGGAAGUCCUUAGAUUCCUCCUUCUUGGGAUCCCCGGACUGGAGAAGAGUCACAUCUGGAUAUCCAUUCCUUUCUCAUCUGUGUACCUUCUUUCUUUGAUGGGUAAUUUUACCAUCCUUUUAUUAAUCAAGACAGAGCAAAGCCUCCAUGAACCUAUGUACUAUUUCCUUUCCAUGCUCUCCAUCUCUGACCUAGGGCUGUCUCUCUCUUCCUUACCCACAACUUUGGGACUAUUUCUAUUUGAUGUCCAUGAAAUUCAUGCAGCUGCAUGCUUUGCCCAGGAAUUUUUCAUCCAUCUGUUCACAGUCAGUGAAGCCUCUGUACUGUCUGUAAUGGCAUUUGACCGGUACGUGGCAAUCCGCAACCCUUUGAGAUACAGCACUAUCUUAACUAGUUCCAGAGUUAUCAAAACAGGGGUUUUUCUGACAUCUAAGAAUAUUCUUUUGAUCCUUCCACUGCCCUUUCUCUUGCAAUGGCUGAAAUACUGUCAUCAAAACCUGCUCCCCCACUCCUAUUGUCUCCACCAGGAUGUCAUGAAGCUGGCAUGUUCUGAUAACACAGUCAAUGUCGUCUAUGGACUCUGUGCAGCACUUUCUACUAUGCUGGACUUGGUGUUUAUUAUCUUCUCCUACAUUAUGAUUUUAAAAACUGUACUGGGAAUUGCUACCCCUAGAGAACAGUUCAAGGCCCUCAACACGUGCAUCUCUCACAUCUGUGCUGUGCUUAUCUUCUAUGUGCCCAUGCUGAGUGCUGCAAUGCUCCACCGGUUUGCCAGGGAUGUGCCUCCUAUGAUCCACGUCUUCAUGGCUGAUAUUUUCCUGCUGGUGCCACCCCUGAUGAAUCCCAUCGUGUACUGCGUGAAGACCCGUCAAAUCCGAGAAAAGGUUGUGGGGAAGCUUGGUCCAAAAAGAAGCUGAUCAAAGGAAUGAGAAAGGGAAUGAAUAUCUAAGUGGUAACUAAAUAGAUAUUGACUGUUUCAGUGGGAGAGAGUACAAUGUACUAGAGGGGUCUUGUAUUUUAUAGUCAGAUAGAGCUCAUAGAGUGAAUGACUUUUGACACUCAGUACCCUAAGUGCCCUUAUUCCCCCAUGAGUUUGUGAAAAUUACUUCAGGUCUCUGAUUCUAAGAUUGUACAUCCAAUAAUUUAAGCCUUAAAGGAAGACUGGGAGCAUCUGCUUCCUGCUUUUAAAAAUAUGCCAAUAAAAUAAUAUGAGAA